GGGAGUGAGGGUGGGGAGGCUGCAACCCACCAGCAUCCCCAGGGCCCCUUGCCUGCCUCGCUCCUGCUGCUCGCUGCUGCUGUGGCUCAAUACCAGAGACUCCUGGCUGGGAUCACAACCCUGCGAGUCAGCCCAGAGAAGAUCUGCUUUGUGUGGAGCCUUCCAGUCUGUUCUCCUGUUUAGUUCUACUCUGUCUCAGUCUGCACUGACAACUUUCUGAGCUGCCUCUCCGCAAUCUCCAUCAUCAUGGCAGUGGUUGUGGGUUCUGCUCCAUGGGUAGCCCCAAUGGCUCAGGUACUACUGGCAAUCACCCUGGCAGUACCAGCCCUGGGAGGGUGCCCAUCUGCCUGCCGGUGCUCCUUCGCCAUGCUGCAGUGCCUGGAGCCCAAUGGCAUUGCCACUAUACCCGCGUUGGCACUACAGGAGAGCGAGAACGUCACGGAAAUUUACAUCGAAAAUCAAGCCGACCUGGAGAACAUCACAGAAGUAGACCUUGCCAAUUAUAGAGAGUUGAAGAAUCUCACGGUCACGUUCUGCAGGCUGGCGUACAUCUCGGCGAAUGCUUUCCAACACAACCUCAAGCUCCAAAAUGUAAACCUGGCAUCUAACUCCCUGGAGCAUAUCAGUUGGAAGGUGUUCCAUUUUCUUCCCCUGCUCAACCUGGUUUUGAGGGACAACCCCCUUGAAUGCUCCUGUGAUAUCCAUUGGCUGCAGCAAUGGCAGCUUAACGACCACAGUGACCUCGACAACCAACCGCUACAAUGCUUCUCAAAUGGCCAUGCCCUACAGUUAGACUCCUUAGAGAUGGAGAAUUGCACUGUACCGGAUGUCGCCAUUGUCCAUGCCAACACCAAGGUCCAGGAGGGAGGCAACCUGACAUUUGUGUGUCAGGUGACAGGAGUGCCCAUGCCUGUAGUGAGGUGGCGCACGAAUAAACUGCUGUCUCGCUAUACUGUACAGGAGAGGUUCUGGGGCUCCACUUUGGAGCUGGAGUUGCAGCUGUGGAAUAUGUCCUCAGAAGACAACCUGCACAACUUGACCUGUGAGGCAGAGAACCGGGCAGGGCCUGGGGAAGAGAAAGUGACGUUGGACAUUGAAUUUCCAUCCAAAAUCAUAUUCCUGCACAACGCUGAGCAACAGCACCACUGGUGUUUCCCCUUUAAGGUGGAUGGGAACCCUGAGCCAACCAUCCGCUGGCUUUUCAACGGCUCCAACCUGACCGAGGGCCUUUACACCUACACACAGUUCAUUCCCGACUCGGACGACGGCUCUGUGAAGCACGGUUGUCUAUUUCUCAACAAGCCCACCCACCUGAACAACGGCCUCUACACCAUCAUCGUGGGGAACAGACUGGGCGUGGACCAAGCCACGGCCACAGGGAUGUUCAUGGACAACCCCUUUGACCCCUUUGAUCCUGAGGGCAUCAUCCCAGUCCUUGAAGAAAGUGAUCCACUUCCCACCAACAAAUCUAAUGAGGAUGUCACUGAGAACACGGAGAGCAGAGUGUUUGGGGUGUCAGUGGCAGUGGGUUUGGCUGUGUUUGCUUGCGCCUUCCUCCUUAUUAUGGUACUGGUCAUCAACAAGUGCGGCCAGCAGUCCAAGUUUGGUAUUCACCGUUCAUCUGUCUUGGGAACAGAGGAUGAUCUUGCUGUGUCACUGCGUUUCAUGAACUUUGGGACCAGCCCUCCUUCCUCUGACGACUCUGGCAUGUCCAGCUUUGUGGAGAACCCCCAGUACUUCUGUGGCAUCUUCAAAGACAAAGACAUGUGUGUGCAACACAUCAAAAGACAGGAUGUAGUUCUGAAGUGGGAAUUGGGUGAGGGGGCGUUUGGCAAAGUCUACCUGGCAGAGUGUGCCAACCUCAGUCCGGACAGUGACAAAAUGCUGGUGGCCAUCAAGACUCUGAAGGAUGCCAAUGAGUCGACCCGGCAGGACUUCCAGAGAGAGGCUGAGCUGCUCACAGUGCUCCAGCACCAGAACAUUGUUCGCUUCUAUGGAGUGUGUACAGACGGAGAGCCACUGGCGAUGGUGUUUGAAUACAUGAGACAUGGAGACCUCAACCGCUUCCUCAGGGCGCACGGUCCAGAUGCCCAUAUCCUGGAGGAGGUGAAGAUGCCCCCGUUGGGCCAGCUCACUCUUCCCCAGAUGCUGCACAUCGCCGCCCAGAUCGCUUCAGGCAUGGUCUACCUGGCCUCCCUUCACUUCGUGCACCGGGACCUGGCCACACGAAACUGCCUGGUGGGAGAUAUGGGAGAGGGUCUGAUGGUCAAGAUAGGAGACUUUGGCAUGUCCCGGGACAUCUACAGCACAGACUACUACAGGGUAAAGGUGGGUGGGCGUACGAUGCUUCCUAUUCGCUGGAUGCCUCCGGAGAGCAUCAUGUACAGGAAGUUCACCACGGAGAGUGAUAUCUGGAGCUUUGGAGUGGUCCUCUGGGAGAUCUUCACCUAUGGGAAACAGCCCUGGUACCAGCUCUCCAACAGUGAGGCUAUCGAGUGCAUUACACAGGGCCGGGAGCUGGAGAGACCACGCACUUGCCCCAAAGAGGUGCACGGCCUGAUGCAGGGCUGCUGGCAAAGGGAGCCCCAGCAGAGGCUGGUCAUCAAGGACAUCCACAGCCGCCUCCUUGCCCUUGUCAAGAGCCCCCCUAUCUACCUGGACAUCCUGGGGUAGAGGUUGGGAGGUCUGGCGCUGGGGCAGUGUCCAGGCAAGGGGAAGUAGGGGAACUUACGGUCAGGGAUGACGGGUAUUGGGAAGGGGUGGGAGUUAGGUAAAGGACUGUGCGAUGGCAAUCCUGAACUUAAGCAUUGCCGUCAUUUACCUCUAUUGGUCUUAAACACACCGACACCCCCUCUGAUUGGAUAUUUGCUCAGGCCAGACUUAGCAAGGAUCUGAUCGGUACCAUUGGGUUGGGAAGGGAGUAGGGUGAAGUUGCUCCUAGAUGCUGAUAUUGGGUAUUUUUGGGCCACUAAUGGUUACAGAUCGGAGUGGGGGAGGGGAAGCUGAUCCCAGAUCUGUGCCUCAGAGAAACUUUACCCUGAAGCGACGGGAAGACUAUGAAGAUGGGGGUUACUUCCUACUUCCCGGUCACUGUUUUUUAACCCUAAAGCUGGACAUACUGUACGGACACUGGCAACAUCCAUGCUGCUUCAGCUUUGCCUACUACCCCAGCUCGCCUCGUCUCAUGACGACCCAGCCCCAACUCUGUGUGCCGCUGACUGGGAGCGGGAGGAAAAGAACGAGCCAGCGAAGAUCUAUCAAGUGUUUACUGUGAGUGAGUGUUUUAUUGUGUGACUGAACGGGUGUUGUCCUGAUGAAGGGUUUUGCAUGAUUGGAGGAAUGCAGACUAUACAGUGCCUUUGGGAAUGUAUUCACACCCCUUGACUUCUUCCACAUUUUGUUACAUUACAGUUUUAUUCUAAAAUUGAUGAAAUCGUUUUCCCCCUCAUCAAUCUACACACAAU